GAUAUCCAAGACUCGUUCCGAUGAAAUGGAGACUGGUGACGACUUGAAAUCAUUAAUAUCCGUGUUUCCUACACAAGGUGCACUGGAGGCCGAUGAGACGAUGGAUUUAUAUUUCGUAUUCAGUCCACGAUACGAGAAAUCCUGUCGCGGUUGGAAAAAUAGCGCGAAAAAUCCACCGCGAAAAGAUUAUGCUUUGUUUGUCAACAUAGAAGUUGUUGGCGUCAUCAAUCAGAAUGUAGAGGGCGAGUUCAAACACGGUUGUAAACUGGAGAUAGCUGUUUCUGCUACGGCCACACCAGUUGAAGUAACCAUAACACCUGAACCUAAAGUUUUAUUUGGUGAAUGUAAAGUGGGUGAUCACGUGGAAGCCUUGUGCAAGAUCACGAAUCACUCUCAUCUGUUACCGAUAACAUUCUCGACCAAACCCAAGGCUCAUUUUCACCCCAAGCCGUGUAAUGGUCUCCUCGAGCCAAAUCAAUCCAUAGACAUAAGUCUGACAUAUCUUCCACGACAAUUGGGGACGUUCGAUACCAAUCUGGAUGUUCAUUUUCUUGGCCAAGUGUUGAAAAAAAUGACUGGAACAAAGUCACCUCUUUCCUCAAAGAUUGUCGUUCACACACGAUCUUUGCAACUUCACGGUGUCUGUAAUGAUCCUGGCGUUGUCAAAGUCGGGAGUGCCCCUGCACGUGCGAAUCACGUGGGCUUAGCUUCGUUCAAUGGAUCUCUCGUGCGCGGUGAUGGAAAUCGCGUAGAUGAUAGAUGCGAAAUUGCUGAAGCUAACGAUAGAGCGACCAGCAUACGGCCUGCAGAAAAACAUUUAAAAAUAAGAACGCAAUACACUGGUAUUCAGAGAUAUACGUAUAUUGAUCCUGAUUUCGCUUUGACUGAUGAAGAAACUCGUCGUAAACAACAACAUCGACAGUUGUAUUUGGAUUAUUUACGGGAUUUGAGAACAUUUAGAGAGUUCAAACUAAAGAAAAGGAAAAUGGAUAGAUGGGAAAACAAGAAAGAUCUUGGAAUUAAACCUGGACAUGGUCUUCAACCCCUGAAAUUAUCUGUCAAAGAAGCAAAUAAAAUAGAAAAAAACGAGGAGAAUAGAUGUUCAAGCCUAGAUGCAAUGCUUACCACUAAAACAUUAGCAAGUCCUCUGAAGUUAGUCGACGGUCUUAACGCCAUCCCACUGACCGAUGUUGAAAAACUGGACUGCAAAAAGACGCUUUCUCCCGAGGAUAUUAAGAAGAUCGACAUUGACUCUGCUCUCAUAGAUUUUGGUGAAGUUUGUCAGCGAUCCAUGAAGACGAAAUAUUUAACGAUUGGAAAUAACCUAAAUCAACAUAUUCAUGCUGUCGUUCAUAUUGAUUGCCGCGAACUGCGUCAGUCGUCGCCAUUAUCCCAAGUGAUCCCACCUCAUUCCUCUGCCAGGAUUAAUCUCGUUUUUGAGUCCAUUGCUAAAGGGUCAUUUGAAAGGAAUAUCCAAUACACGAUCAACGACAAUCAAAAUUUUUAUGUCAUCACAAAAGCUUCAGUUGUACCUGUCGCUUUGCAGUUAUCCUCCGAUAAACUCACAUUGAAACCAAAUUCAUCUAUGGCCACCGAGUCUGGUUUUCGAGGUGUUGUGAGGAUUGAUAACAGACGAAAUGCUGAUGCAGAUUUUGCUUGGAAAAUUGUCGAUUGCAAAGAUAGUUCUUCAUUUUCAAUAUGUCCUUCAAGAGGUACAGUUAAUGCGUCGUCAUCACUUGACUGUGAAGUCGUGUUUCAUCCAUCUUAUGGCUCAACAAGAACCGUCCAAUAUAAUUUCCAUGUUGAAGGCGGGAAGAAUUCAAGACUUGCUUGUGAAGCUCAGUUUGGUCCGACGCAGUGCUGCUUUGUCGAGCGACGAUUUGUGUUCGGCUUUGUUCCUCUUCAUUUAACAACCGUUAGAAAAUGCCAUUUGAAAAACACAGGCAAUCAUCAUGCUUAUUUUAAGGUCCAUAAUACCCAACCGCUGGCCGGUAUGAUUGUAUCACCCGAACAAGGUGUGGUGCCCGUUGGUGGUACUGCUGAAAUUGAGGUUGCAUUCACUCCAGAUUUGGUGCAAAAAUUCGACUCUGUGAUCGAAGUGAAUAUCUUGGGAUGGAAAACAAUCUCUCUUCGUCUUGGGGGAAAUGUUGAACAACCUUGUGUUGAUGCUCAUGUUGAUGGCGGUAUUCUGCAAUUCAAUGGAGUGUAUUGUGAUGCUAAAGCUAAACUUCCGUUCAAAUUAUCCAACAAGGCUCAUUCCAAAGUCAAAGUUGUCUUUGAUUUGUCUCGUUAUGGCGAUUUUUCGAUGCUAUUCAACGAUUACAAAGAGGAAAGCUACUCAAGUAAAGAUGGUUUAUAUACGACAUAUCUUAAUGCUUCGGAAGUUAUUGACUGCGUUUUAAUUUUCCAUCCAUCAGAGGUCGCGUCGUAUAAUUAUAUUCUUCCUGUAACCAUCAACGAUACACUAGCACCCAGUCCUCCACCUUCAACAGUUCCUCCUUCCCCCGCACCAUCGAGUAAUAACUGGAACAUACCUCACUUGGAAGCACCUUCACCCACUUUCCCCACUAAAGCAACGCCACGUCUUCGUGUCCAGGCAAUAGCUUUGAGACCGCCCCUACUAAUUUCUCACCGGCAACUCAAGUUCAGCCUGCCCGCAGGCUACUUUGAUUUGGAGGUUCAGUCGGAUGCUGGAAGGAUUCAGAGUUGUGUGUUGGUUAAUAACGGCAACAAACCGUUCCAGUGGUCCAUGGAUCUAUCCAAAUGUGCAACUUUAUUCCAUGAUGGUGUCUUUAAGUUCGUGCGAAGAUCUGGUUCACGUUACCCUAGCUCGAGAAAGUUGUCACCAAGUUUACAAGAUGUUGAUGGGAACCUACAGAUUGGUGAAACUUGCCAGCUUUGUAUUAUGUUUUCCCCAAAAUCUCCAGGUUUAUAUCGAGCUUCAGUGCCUUUGAUACUUAACGAUGACCGCUAUAACCCAUAUCGUAUUCUGGAGUUAGAGGGUGAGCUACCUUCUCCCGACGUAAAGUUUGAUCCAUGUGUGUUGGACUUCAAAGUCGUUCCACUUCUCAUUGAAACUUCUCUUGAGUUCGAUAUUAUUGCCCGAGGAUUCAGAACAUCGUCUGAAAUCCAUGUUGAGUUACCUGAGGUUGAAUUGAAUGACGGUAGCUACAUGUGUCUGUUGUCAUCUACAUUCCCAAAGGGUACGACAAUAUCGCCAUGUUUUCGUGAAGGUCCUACAGCACAUACGUGUCGAAUUCCAUGUAAACUGACAUUUAAAUCACCGAAACCUGUAUCAUUUGCCACAGAGAUUGUUUUUGCCGUUAAUGGAGCAAGGUUUUUUCUUCCAGUGACUGCUACAGCUGACAAUUGUUUACUCACAAACUAUCCUUUCCUAACCAUACAUCGCAAUGAUUAUCAUAUCGUCUGUGAAAAUAAUUCUGCAUUGAUCAAUGAUGGAGAUGAUAACUCCAGCAUCAAUACUGAAAUGUUCCUUCUACCCUGUAUUACUUCCAAUCGUCCUUUGACAAACGGUUCGACAAGCGGGACAAGCACGACAUUUUGUGUUACGUCAUCAUCCUACGAAGCUUCCAGCAAUCCUGUAGGCUCCGCUAGUGACACCUCGAGUCCUGUCGAGGGUAUUAAUGUACAUAACGGGAUCGUUCGUCACGAGGAACUCCGGCUUGUUUCUGAGCUCAGAAACCAAGAUUUAACUGAUGGAAACUCGCCUGAAGAAUUAAGCUUUUUUAAAGAAGUUCUCAAAUCUCUUCAAAGAUGGAUCUCACUGCAAGCUUGGUCUUCGGGACCAUAUCCCGUAAAGAUCCCGAAGUAUUUUCAGGAUUCAUUCGAAGCCAUCGAAGAUUUCUCAGUCAGCGGUCAAGGUGGCCGGAAUGGCGAGGCUCUUAAAGAUACCCGCACAGUAUUUCAAUUGGUUUCGCACCUCUGCGGUCGACAUGUACCUGGGAUACCUCUAAAUUUCUCCUUUCCGUCCAAUCGUCGUGAUAGAGUACGGAAACUUCAUUGGAUGUACUCAGCUCUUCUCUUGUUUCUGAGGGCGCAAGGAGCACUGCUGGCUCAUGUUAAGGCCGAGCACUUAAUGAGUCACAAUGAUUACGUUGAAUGGAAAAAGAUUGCGGAUCAUGAAUUGCGUGAUAACAGCAAUGCACGUGACACAGCACGUGAUGGAGAUGGCAAGACACGUGAUGAAGACUGUAAGACGCGUGAUAUAGACAAUAAAUCUCGUGAUGAAUAUGCUUUGAAAAUGAGUUAUGAACGGCUAUCGUGUCGUGCCUGGACAGAUCUUCUUUUUCAGAUCAUCAAGAUUUUUGUCUUGGGCCGAGUUACUCCACGACAGUUCAGGAAAAUAUCCUACCCCCCGGAUGAUUCUGGUGCGCCAUACUUCAAUCCGAACCCCCUGGCUAGCAACAUUUAUGGAGUUGGUGAAAGAAUCAUUCUUACUUGGCUCAAUCAUCAUUAUCGAGUACAAACACAGAAAGCGUGGAACGAUGACAAAUCUCUACCUUCCGCUCGCUGGAUUGUAAAUUUUGAUUUUGACUUCAUGGACGGUCUUGUAUUGGGUGCCGUUCUUGCUGCACAUUGUCCAUUUUUGAUCGACUCUCAUUUACGCAACAUGUUUCUUCAUCCGACGACCGCUGAGCAAUGUCUCCACAACGCAAUUCAGGUCGUCGAAGCUUUCAAGACGAUUUGCUUGGAUUACGACGUUGUGGUCACAGAUAUUACAGAGGCAAAUCCAGUGUCCAUGUUGCUACUUUGUCUUCAUCUGUAUCAACAUCUACCCCACUAUGUACCUCGUGCCACCGUGGAAUUUUCUGGCACUCUUCACUCCACCAUUACUAAGCAUGUUCAAAUUCAAAACCCUAGUAGAAGCAAGCCUCUUCUAUAUCAUACCGUUUUGCUGGGUAGAGAUGCCGCUGACUUCAUAGUACCCAUGGGAGGCUCAAUACAGGUUUCUCCGAAAGCUCAAAUUCAACUUCCACUUGAGUUCAAAAGUCGUUUUUUACGAUCAUGUUCCGCUACAUUGCUGCUGGUCGGUAAGCGUGCUGGCUCGGCAUGUGGAAGUACCCUGGUGUUCGACUUGAGCACUUCUGUGGAUAAUAUUACUCCAAGGGCGACAAUAAGAUGCGAAUCACCUUUGUAUGAAGUCAACAACAUCACUCUUCAUGUUUCAAAUCCAUUUGCACGCGAAGGAAAUUUCCGCGUCGUUUUAGUGGAAGCACGCAAUGAAAUUUACACGGGCAAAAGCAAAGAGAGAAAAGUGAAAACGAAAACUUUGAAAAAAGUGGAGUCGAAAACGGAUCAUGGACAAUCGAAGAAGACCAAAUCGUCAAAGAAACAGAUCAUUGGUCCAAUUGAAGAAAAGGAUGAUUCACAAAUUUUAGCCAAGAAUCAAACGUUAACCCGAGCAUUCUGGUGUUCAAACGAAAAUCUUCACAUCGAAAGCAACGGUACAUCACGACUUGAUAUAAACUUUAUACCAUUACAAAUGGGUCUUCGUCAGUGCUCUGUGCUAUUUAUGAACGAGAACAUUGGCGAGUUUUUAUAUCUUAUUGAAACCGAAACUGGUAUACCGCUUCCAUGCCGCGUACCUUAUGUACCGUCGGCUCACAGUGUACGCGUCAGCAGCUCCCUUGUAGCUCAUCAGAGUCGUGACGUUCACGGAAGUGACGAACGUGUGUUGUAUUGGAAAUGUGAUUCAGGUGAUAGCUUCACUGAGGAGAUACUUAUUUAUCGAACCAAUAUGGCGAAGGAGAGUGCUUUAGCUGCGAUUGGCCAGAAAAACAUGUCGAAGAAAGAAUUCGAACGCCGUGAACUCACGAAAACUCUAAACAUCACGAGCAUUACGUCAGCAUUAAGAUUACUGGAUCUAACCCCUGACUAUUACCCUAAUGUUAUGGAUCAAUAUGGAUCACACACCGACAAUACCACGACACCUUGUCUCGCAUUUAAGGUUGAGUCUAACUCAAAGUAUUUCUCUGUACCUGCUACCUUUAAAAUACCCAUGGACUCUGAUGAUGAGAAUGGCAUUCCGCUUUCUGUACGAUUUACGGCGAGUAAACCUGGUCACUAUCCGUGCCAGAUUUCAAUGAAGUCGGUGAAUGACGUUCGCAUAUAUCAGAUCGAAUGUACGGUGAGCCCUAGUGGGCAAGAGACCACGCUAGAAUUUAACACGCCACUACAUCAGUAUGUCACUCAAGACAUUCCUGUGGUGAAUCAGACGAAACAAGAUUGGCCUUUGGUUGCAUCAAUUGAGGGAGAGGGAUUUUAUGGUCCCCCUACUCUUUUGGCAAAAGCCAUGCUUACCUCCUAUUAUCCACUAAUGUUCCAGCCUGCAUCGGAACUUUCUGUUCAGGGUAAACUCACUUUGACAAACACCUUGAAUGGUAGCGAGCAAGCUUAUCAUCUUAAGGGUGUUGGUGAUGCACCUGUUGCUAUGCAACACAUCGUCGUCGAAGCCGUUGUACAUCAAAGAACCACCCACACCAUUCAGUUACCUUUUUCGAGUCAGAAACGACGAGAUUUCAAGGUGGUCUCUGAUCUCUCUAUUAUAACUGGAGAAACAUACGCCUACUGCAUGGCAAGUAUAACCACGAGCUACGACAUGGUUGUGUUGCCUUGGAAACGCGGCGUAUUUAAUGGAGUCGUGUCGUUUAUGGAAACGCAAAUCCCUGUUAAGGAAGGGAACUCGAAGAUAGGCAGAAGUGAUGACAGCGAUACAAGCGAUGAAGAAACUUCUACUUUACGCUUUCGUUCAUUGGACACAUCACAAACAGUGUCUGAGCGUUCCAGCACUGAUUUCGUGAAGCCGUACAGGUUUUGGUACUCGAUUGAAGUUCGUGCCAGUCCUGCGAUGCCUGUGAAAGUUCUCGACGUUUCUUGUGCCGUAUUCUCGGCUGUUGGCAUCGAGAUAACCGUUUCAAAUCCUAGUGAUGAUGAGGUCGUUAUGAAUGUCAUUAUCGAAGGACAUGGUCUCCAUGGUGAUACAACUUUGGUCCUGGGCCCGAAACAACAAACAGUUUACCAAGCGAAGUACACCCCGAUAGCUAUUGGCAGGGAGCUAGGAAGUAUCAUAUUUCAAAGUGAAAUUGUUGGAGAGUUUUGGUACGAACUAAAUCUCCUCGCGGAGCAACCCCAUGUGCAAAAUCUUCCCACAGUUGAAUGCGAACUUGGCAGACAUAGUCAUCAAAUAGUUCAGCUUGAAAAUCCAACAGGUGAAACUUUAAUAUUGACACCUUAUUCGUCAAAUCAACGAAACUUUACUUUCGAUGUCGACAAUGCAAAACAGUUAUCCUUACCUCCACAUGGUAUUCUUGAAGUUCCACUACGUUUUACUCCAUCACAGAUUGGAUUUGCUAAACAUAAAGCAACAAUUGUUUUCCGAAGUGAACAGGCUGGUGAUUGGACUUUCCUGGCUUCUGGAACAGGACUGAAUCCAAAACCGGCAACACCCAUUAACGUGCACGGAAAACUUUUGGAAAACUCGUCGGUCAUCGUGCCGUUUCGUAAUCCGACGGAGCAUUCCAUUGUUGUGAAUGUCGGUUUGAAGGAAAGAUCGUUACAUUCAGGGUCCGCGUUCUUUAGUGGAUUAUCUCAUAAAAACUCCCAGGAUAUGGCAUUUUGUCUUUUGCUUAAGGAAAACAACGAUAUCCUCUUGAAACCCCAGGAGGUCCUUGAUAUCCCUCUCACCUUUAUCCCUCAUUGCAUGAAAUCGUACGAAGCUACGGUCACCGUCUCAAUACAGCGGUACGAUAUAGCACCCGGAACUUCAUACGCGGAUAUUGUACCCACGAGUAUGAUCAAUAACCUGACGUGGUUAUAUCCCCUUAAGGGGAUUCCCGUAUCGCAGGUUAUGAGCGUGUCACGUGCCAUAACCGUCGAAUGUCAGUCACGUGAUAGAACUGAACAGAUUGUUGAGCUCACUUUGACUGGAGUGAUGUCAGAUGAGAAGAUGGGAUCAUCUUAUCACCGGUUGGAUAAUGUGACGCCAAUCAAUUUAAUCGAAGAGGAUUCUACUGACAUUGGGAAUGAUAAUGUGCCGUUUUCAGAGAGUUUUAGCUACGAGUUCCAGUACUCGGACAAGAAUUGUGAGAAUGCGUUGGAACGAUCGCUUGGUUUACAGCUUGAAAAGAAAUAUCGUAAUAAAAUCUCUGGUGUCGUUACAUUGAUGUUCCGUCUUAUUUUUUCUCCUUUUAAACCCUUCAAUCACGUGGUACAUCUAGUCAUCACUGCGGGCUUAGGUGCUGUCUGGAAGUUCCCCAUUCGUUUCAUAGCAACAGAAGCGGAAGUUGAUGACACCAUUAUUGUUGAAGCAGCUGGUCUCAAUAAGGAGGCUGUGGUUGGAUUUCGCCUUACCAGUCAGUCAAGGCAUUCUGUUCCAUUCAAAGCAUCAUUAACUCAUGACUCGGACAAGGAAUUUACUCUGUACUGUUCAUCGGAAGUAUUGCUACCUCAAGACAGCGAGGGAACUCUGUUCAAGAUUGCCUAUACACCAACGUUAUAUGGAAAGACACAUAAAGCAAAGAUAAUCGUUCAGACUUCAGAUAUGCAAUGGACAUAUAAUGUCAAUGGUGUCACCCCAGAGUAUACUCCGCCUUCUGCUCGAUCAAUUGUCGUUGCUAGACAAACAACUAAUGUCAAACAGCGUAAAAAGAACUACAUUCGUGAUAAUCUCAAAGUUCACGCUACAGGUGUUUCUUCUCCCAUCAAAGGAGCGCCUAUAGUAUCACGUAUUCGGCAAUCUGCCAUUAAAGGAGCGCCUAUUGUAUCACGUAGUCAGCGGCAGAAGAUGAAAUCUUAAUGUUAUUAUGAAAUCGAGGAAUGUUAAUAGCUGUAAUUUUAAACUGAUUGUUGUUAAUUUUUUGUUAUGUUAUUAUGAGAAAACACUUUUAUGUUUCA